CUGAGCUCAGCAGUUCCUCCAGAGAGCAGCAGGUGUCGCUGUCUGAACUCUUCAACAGACUCUCCUUCCUGCAGAGUUUCCUCCUGAUGGAGGCGCACAGUCUGAGCUCCUGCUGCUACAACGCUGCUGCUCUCUUUACCUCCUUCCUCCUCACCUCCACCCAGCGCUCCUCUCGAGCCAGGUUGGUGUUGUUGACGUUGGUGUGUGUGAACUUCUACCUGGAGAGGAAGAUCUACCAGCUUGUGAUGAACUCUGAUCAUCCUGAACACCAACACAUGGAGCUGGUCAGUGUGUAUGUGUGUGUGCUGCGGCGCCUCAUGGUGUGUGUAGGAGUGUGUGUGUUGCUGUAUGUGUGUGUUGCGUACAGAGACCCCCUGCAGCAGAGUCUACAGGUGCUGCAGCAGCUCAGAGACACUCAGAGGAGCCUGCAGGAGGCGCUGCAGCACGCAGAGUCUUUAGGGGAGCAACAGAAGAAGGGUCAGCUGAUUGUGAAGAGGAGACCAGAGAGGAGAAGAAGAGAGGAGGCGCUGACGAGGAGAGAGGAGAUAAAAAGAGAAGAAGAGGAGGAGGAGGAGGAGGAGGAGGAGGACGACGACAUGUGCAGCACGUUGGUGUCUCUGACCAAAGACCAACCAGACCUGUCUCACCUCUCACAACUUGGUUGGAGUACUGAUAGUAUUCUUAGCAGUACAGUGAAUAGCUCUGUCGCUGACAUCCCCCUGCAGCAAUACAAUACCCAGAAUGCCUCAGUGAGUGCCAGCAGGCGCCCUCGUCGCUCCUCCUCCUCCUCCUCCCCUCUGGUCUACAGCAUCCUGGUGGAGGACAGAAAGCCUCGUUACAGCCUGAGGAGCAGAAGAUCAGAGACUCACUGAAGGACUCUGCUGGACUUUUAAUGUUUCUCUGAAUAUCAAUAAAGUGACUUAAUAUUUUAAACAGAGAGUGAAGCUGAUGUUCAGACACACGCCAGAUGGAAUCUAACACACUGGAGACAUAAUCAAUCAUAAAUAUAAAAACAAAUAAAUCUGC